AUGCUAUCUCUCUUUACCCGCCUUUAUGUUCUAUCCAUUUUGUUGCCCUUGCAGGUUUCUGUGCUUGCUGAUGACAUCCUAAAGAACGUAGAAUAUGAUGCCUUGAGGAUUGUUUUCAACAAGUUCCAGUCGGUUGUGUCCUUUGUGCCGACAGUGGCAACCUUAUUGUCUCCUGAGGUUGUGGAGAAAGAAGCUAAAUCUGGGGGAAAGCUUAGUGAGUUGGAUUCCUAUGAGAUUGGAGGUGACGAAACAAA